AUGGAUGAAGGCGAAGAUGGCCCUGGCGCGGCCAGCAGGGCAAGCGGUGCCGGCGGGUCCGGUGAUCCCGCAGGCCCCUCUGGCCUUCCUGGCUCCGAUGCCGGCAAAGAGCCUCCCAGCAAGACUCUUCGCCGGGGUGCCGCUGCUUUCUCAUUGCUGGCCAGCGUCUUCCUAGUGUGGGCUUUGGCUUCUGAGAGAUGGCACUGCUUCCAAGUCCAAGUGCCUCCGUCGGAGAUUUACGAGAUGUUCAAGGCAAUGGUUGCGAUCUUGCCAGCGGGCAGCCUCUCCACCAACUUCAGCCCAGCGUUGCAGCGCAAGUUGGAGACGUCCACAGAGCCCCACACAGCCUUCGAGCUCCAAGCUGGGCUGUGGUCCGGCUCAGCCAAGCAGCUCUGCAAGCCCAGCGACGCCAUCUUCUCUGUUUUCGUUGAUCCCAAGAAGUGCAAGGCAAAACUUCGACACUUCUGUGAGGAUAUCCUAGAAGGGGCCAGGGACGAUCCCAUCGCCUUGAGCAUGUAUGAUAACUGCCAUCGUUCGGUCAAGUCUGGUGGAGUUUCCUUGAGCUUCAUCCUUGAACCUCCAGCGAAGCUGGAGUUUGACCUGGACAAUGACUACGCGACCCUCGAGGGGUUGCAAUCAGAGCUUGGUCACGAUGAGCAAGACCAGGAUCCAGAUAUUUGUGACACACUUGCAAAUUGUGAUGUACUAGUGGCAAUGCGACCCUUGAACUUGUUGCUGAUCUCAGUCAUGGUGUUCGCGACGCUGCUAAUGGUGUUGGCAACUGUAUGCUUCAUAUGGUCGCUCUUCAGAAGUGAGGAGGUUUUCACGAAGAGAGGAUGCAACGUGAUGCUCUUCGCUGCUAUCAGCCUGGCUGUGGUCGUUGGGCUUGAUAUAUACAUAGGCGAGAAAUUUCCCUUGGAAGACAUCUUCCGAGUGGAGGACUUGUACUACUUCAUGCUGCCCGAUGGCUCCGAUCCGCAAGGCUAUGCCAGCUUGCUGGAGCAAACGGAGGCGACCUUUGAACCUGGGCCAGCUGCACUGAAGCAGAUGACGCAGCUUUCCAAGAGAUCCCAAAAACAUUUGGGACUUUUGCAGCUGGAACAAGGCAGCUCCAGAGGCCAGCCACCGCAGAGGCUCCCAGAGUCCUCUAUGAUGGAUGUGAUGAAUGCAGUAGACGAGGUCUACAACACGUCUCAGGGCCAGGAGUUCCAGCAACUCGAGCAGCAGGCUUUCUCGAAGCCUCUAAUGCAGAUCCCGGCCACGAAAUGGAAAGGAGCGUUGGCUGUUUUGGGUGCGAAUCUCAUGUCGGCCUUGGCCACGAAGAACAUGGCGGCUUUCCUAGACCCGCUCAAAGAAGCUGCCAAAAGGGCGUGGGGCAAAUCUGACGUCAUCAUAGAUAGCUGGUUGCAGUAUCUUCAAAAAUCCAUCAUUGAGGCUCCUGACAAAGGCGGUGAGCAGUUCAGUUCAAUGAUGGAAGAUCUCACCAACAUGAAGUCGGCUAAUGAUGUGUGCGAUAGAUUUGGCACGAACGCCUGCGAUAGCCUUAAUGGUGUUCUGGAAGACACGAAGACUGAAGCUGCCAGUUUAUUCCAAGACUUGCAGAGCGCUUUCCAGGAGAAGCUGGGGCAGGCCAAGAAGCUGAUUGCGCAGUGCAUGAAGGUUCUACAGAAGCUGAAAGCUUUCUGGGCAGAAGUUCAGGAGCCUGUGAAACAAAUUAUGGCUUUGGUGGUUGAGGCCAGCAAGCAGGCUGCAGGCGACCUUCUCAGUACCGUUGUGAACGUCCUGGGUAAGCCCGAGCUUCUCGAGGAUGUUCGCCUGCUUUUUGAGAAACUCUUCCAAGCCUUCCCGAAGGUCGUUCUGGCAGUGCGUAAGCUGGCGGACCACUUCGUUGCCUUCGUUCAAGGCUUGAAGCCUCUGCUGCUGCAGCUCAAGGAUGCAGCGCUUAAAGUGAAGCAGCUUUUGACAAAUGGCCUCAGCAAAGCCCAAGUCAUCCUGGCUGAAGAAGCAGACAGAAAGGGGGCUGAGAUUAAGUUCAAGAUCAGCCAAGAGAUUCAGAACGAAGUGGACAAGGCCAGCGAAAUUUGGGGCAUCGUGGAAGACGUGCAAGCAGACAGCCCCCCGGCGCCAAAAGUGGGGAAUGGUUCAUCUUUGCUGGAAAAGCAGGCAGCAUUUCAAGGAAAUGUCAUGGGCUGGAUCUCCAAGUUCGCCUCUGCUGGCACUUUGUGCAGCCCUGCGGCACGAGUGGGUACCAUCUUUCUCUCCGAGAUCCAGCACAUGCACGCAACCGUCAGGGGAUUCGAGACCAAGCGAGGUGGUGUGUUCCAACACUUUGGCUACAUCACUUUCUGUCUGAUUGUCCUUUUCGGGCUUGCAACCGCCAGUUUCAUCAUGUUCCAAUUCGGUGUUCUGAAAUAG